UAGAACCAAACCGGCGCGGCGAUAUGUUUUGUAUUAUUUAUUAGUCGUGCUGCGUUUCGCUCAGAAUAGUCAGAAUUACACGAGUCUUCCGAGCAUCUGUCAGUCAUCACUGAAACGCGACGUGCGAUCGUACGACCGUCGCGGUAUUUUCUAACAGAAGACCGAACGCGAGAUUGAUCAUCCGGGCGAACAGAGUCGACUGACACACCAAUUUAUAAUCAUCGGUAAUUGCUGUAACAGCUGACAUGGAUGAUUACAGCGUCGAGCUGGAUCAGGAGGCCGGCCUCUGCUGCACGUUGCACCUGUUCGCCGAUGUCGCGAAUACCUCGGAGAUACGCGAGAAGCUCGUCGCCGGGAAGCUUCGCUGUUGCGUGGCAAAAGUCGCGCUCAUAACCGAUGCUUUUCAGGCGGUGGUGGCUGCCAACAAAGCCGCCCUCAGCGCUAAGCGAAAUCGACUGAUCACCAGGACCGUGUACACGGAGGUUUUGUUCUACCUGUCCAUGUCGAAGAACAUAUCUCGUUCCUUGAUCGAGUUCGGUAUCGGUGACGGCGAUAGGAACAUCUUGGUGAUACUGAUACACAAGCCUGGCGAGGAGCGAGCCAUGCUGGAGGAGAUCUUGGAAAGCGUCAAGGGAGAGAGGAUACCCAUUUCGAGGCUGCAAGAAUUUACGGAUGUGAAUCUGGUAAAAAAGACUUACAAGAUCGACGAGGAUGAAUUGCGCGUCACCAGUCUGGCUGACGCUGUUGUCUCGAGAAUUUGUUGCAAGGAGUUUAUGUUGCCGAAGUGAGGAUCGAAGAGAC